AUUUAUUGGUCAUCGGAUGUCAUCUACUCAUUUUACGAGUAAAAACGCGGUUCCGUCAAUAACCCGGCGGCUGACGCACUGGUCGCGAGUUCAGUGUUUCUUCAGGAGCUCAGUUUGGUCUCUGCAUCGGGGGUGCUGUGUUGAUCCGCGAAAUGAUUUGUGAUCUAUGAACUGAGGAAAACUAGUCAGUUGAGAAGAUAUGAGGAAGCGGGAUUUGGCCAUUCUUAUGCUUUCAGCUUUCGCCAUUUUCUUCUCUCUUCAGCACGAAGGGUAUAUCAUUAAAGAAGCAUGGAUGCAUCUAUCUGAUGAGUACCAUAAAUAUGAAGCGGAACGCCUUCCACCGCCUGUGGUUGCCGAUUUAAACGGGGACGGAAAGAAGGAAGUUCUUGUGGCCACACAUGACGCAAAAAUUCAGGUUUUGGAGCCCCAUGGUAGGCGUAUGGAUGAAGGAUUUAGUGAGGCACGUUUACUUGCUGAGGUUUCUUUAUUGCCAGACAAAAUUCGGGUUAUGUCUGGGAGACGUCCAGUCGCUAUGGCUACUGGUUAUAUUGAUCGUUAUAAAGUCGGGCAACCAAAUAAACAAGUUUUGGUUGUAGUGACGUCUGGUUGGUCUGUUAUGUGUUUUGAUUCCAACCUCCAAAAGCUGUGGGAAAAUAAUUUACAGGAGGACUUUCCACAUAAUGCCCACCAUAGGGAAGUUGCAAUUUCUAUUAGCAAUUAUACUAAGCAUGGAGAUACAGGAUUGAUCAUUAGUGGAAGGAUGGAAAUGCAACCUCACAUUUUUGUGGAUCCUUUUGAAGAAAUGGCAAUGGGAGCCAGAAAUGCAGAGCAGCAUCGGAGAAGAAGUGGCUGCUGAAAAGGGGCUUCAGAAAACUCUGGAAAUGUGGAUUUACGGCAUUUUGCAUUCUAUGCAUUUGCUGGGCGAUCUGGAGCUGAAAGAUGGACCAGGAAAAUGAGGUCUAACAUUGAAGCACUAACUUCAGAUGAAUCACGGCUACUUCCACACAUAAUUUCAAAGCUUGAUGUUCAUGCUCUGAAUAGUCGUCAUCCUGGAGAGUUUGAAUGUAGAGAGUUCAGAGAAUCAAUCCUGGGAGUCAUGCCACAUCAUUGGGAUAGGAGAGAGGACACUUUGUUGAAGCUGGCACAUUUCAAGCGGCACAAGAGGAAAGCAUUGAAGAGAAUACCUGGAAAGACUAUGAAUUACCCCUUUCACAAGCCUGAGGAAAACCAUCCUCCAGGGAAGGACUCAUCAAAAAAAAUUUCUAACAUAAUUGGGAAAGCUGUAAAUUAUGCUGGUUCUGCAAAACCUAAGAAGGUGAAAUAUACAAACCAUGUCAUUUCAUCUGAUAUUUGCUUAGAGAUACAUGCUGUUGGAGGUAAUGGUGCUGAACAGACUGUAGUCAGUGGGUCAAUGGAAGUGCUACGCCCUUGCUGGGCUGUUGCAACAUCUGGUGUACCAGUUCGGGAACAACUCUUCAAUGUAUCUAUUUGUCAUUUUACCCAUUUUAACUUGUUCCAACACGGAGAAUUUUCUAGAAGCUUUGGUCGAGCCUCAGAUGUAUCCUCUUUAGAGGUAGCAACACCUAUACUUAUUCCAAGAAGUGAUGGUCACAAGCACAGGAAAGGAAGCCAUGGUGAUGUUAUCUUCUUGACUAAUCGAGGAGAGAUUACGUCAUACUCUCCUGGCUUGCAUGGCCAUGACGCUAUUUGGCAAUGGCAGCUCUCAACUGGUGUUACUUGGUCAAAUCUGCCUUCUCCAUCGGGGAUGAUGGAAGGUGGUCAGGUGGUUCCUACCUUCAAGCCCCUCUCCUUGCGAGUGCAUGAUAAUCAGGAAGUUAUCCUUGCCGCUGGAGAACAGGAAGCUGUGGUAAUAUCUCCAGGAGGUAGUCUGUUGGCUAUCAUUGAACUUCCUGGUUCACCUACACAUGCCCUGAUCUGUGAGGACUUCUCAAACGACGGGCUCACUGAUCUUAUUCUUGUAACCUCUAGUGGGGUUUAUGGUUUUGUUCAGACCAGGCAUCCCGGAGCUUUCUUCAGCACUCUGGUCGGUUGCCAUGUUGUGAUGGGAGUUAUAUUUGUGACCCAGCAUUUGAAUUCCGCGAAGGGGAAACCUCGUUCCUCAUCUGGUCCUCGGUGAAAAAAAUAAGGUUUAAAUUUUUACGCUAGCUGGAAUUGUUUAUGGAGCUAUCAAAGAACACCGAAAAUCUUUGGAUGAAAUGUGGUAUUAGCGGAGAAUCAAAGAGUUUCAAGUGCGCAUAUUCGAUGAGAUUUCAAGGAUGUAGCUCAAGUGUUUCACUGUUUGACUGUAAGAUUUCUAUGGAGGAUGGCUGUGAUGUACGAAAUUUUGAGUUCAUAUUUUAUGAUAAGAAAAUACUACUAGUGCCCUUGGGUGACCGGGCGCAUCUGCCUGACGUGUUUUAAGGCGGCGAGAGCAUGGCUAUUACUGAUCUCCAUUUACGGUCUGGUAUUGUAUGCAGGCCCAAUGGUUUAUUAGGCUUUCCUGAGAUCCUGAAGCAAGUCAUAAUAAAUGGUUAGAUAAUAGUAUUAA